AUGGUUGUCGCUCGGGGAUUUCAGAGAUGGCUGGCCAUCUUCGCCACAGCGCUGACCUUCUUGUGCUCGAGAACAGCGGCUCAGACUAUUGCACCGUCCAACACCACACACGAUCUCCUUCCCUUCUCGUCCUCCCCUAGAUUCAUCCUGAAUGGCACCGAGUUUGCCGAUCUGCCUGAGAUACAGAUGGCACCAUUGGGUCCUUAUGCGCAAAUGUCACAUCAAGGUUUUGUGCAAAUUCGAGUGCAAGGACAUCUGGUCAAUAUCGAUGCCUCCAACGCCAACGACAUUGCAGACGUGGAUCAGUUUUCCUAUAUUUCCUGCGAUCCAGAAGAUUAUCCUAACAACUUGGAUGCCAGCGAAGUCUUUCGCAUUGUGGUGAACUCACCAAGGGCGAACAUCGUCAUCCUAUACAGCGAGACAAGCGACCAUUGCAUUGCGACAGGCCUGGACGGGCUCCCGACAAUCGGAGGAAUCUUGACCACCACCGACAGCGCCACCGCAUCCAGGUUGGCGAGGCUGGACCUGACACAAGAAAGCUCCGGCACAGCCACGAUCCUCCCAGAUCUGACGUCUUACACCAAUUCCUCUGCGCCUGGGUUCAACGGGAACGGUGGCAUUGGCCAAUCCCCGACAACUGCAGUUGCCAUGAUCAUUUUGUAUUCGAUUACCGGCAUUAUCACCGCUCUCUUCGUUGUCAUUAUUGUCACCGGUGCCAUCCGGGCGCACAGACAUCCUGAAAGGUACGGGCCUCGAAACAUCGCGGGCAGAGGGAGACAGAGUCGCGCAAAGGGUAUUGCACGUGCCAUGCUCGAGACCCUCCCGAUCGUCAAGUUCGGUGAUCAUCAAGACCUUCCCGCUGCCAAACCAACGGAAGGAUCAGACAUUGAAAUGAAUGCUGGAAAUACCCCCGGGGGCGAUGGCCACCAUCCGGAUUCAAACAACAAAGCCGUGGCUGGAGAGGUUGUCACUUCCGAAUCCAGCAGCGACCGAGCGGCAGCAGUGAUCGCCACCAACAACCCAGACGGCACCGAUGCAGAAGGUCAACUGGGCUGUUCGAUAUGUACCGAGGAUUUCAAGAAGGGAGAGGAAGUGCGUGUAUUGCCGUGUAACCACAAAUUCCAUCCUGACUGCAUUGACCCAUGGCUUCUCAAUGUCAGCGGAACGUGUCCGCUGUGUCGAAUCGAUCUGAGACCGCAGACUCAAGAGAUUGAAGGAGAGGAACGGAGAGGUUCGACCGCCACAGCGGACCAGGAUGGCCAAUUCCCACCGCCACUCCCUCCUGCUAGGCCCGCCGACACCAACGGCAGUCCCCAACGAGGGGGACGAAGGGAAACCGUCUCCAACCUUCGACACCUGGCGUCCGGGUCUCGAGACGAGCGCAUUGCAGCGCUGAGGCGGUUACGGCAGGAGACUCUGCGAUCCAACCGUCCGACAAACGAUGAAGAGCGGUCUGGUCUAGCCAGGAGGUUCCGAGAAAGAUUCCGAAUCCGAACUGAAAGGCGUGAUGCCACGACCGAAUGA